AUGUUUCUGACCGACAAUAACGGUCACAUCCGCACAACGGAGCUCCUUGCACCGGAGAACGUGACAAGCAACGCCAACCCGCAGGUCAUCACAGAAUACCUCAAACGAGUGCAGGCGGUUACCUGGAAUCGGAAAUUCUUCGAGGCCGAAACUUCGGGGAUCGGUGCCUCAGAUCCGCUCUUUGGCCUCGGUCCUCCAGAGACUCAGAACGAUGAUAGGAUCUGCAUACUUUACGGGUGCAGCGUUCCUUGCAUUCUACGCCCCAAGGCGAAUGGCAACGUGCUUUUCCAAUUCAUCGGGGAGGCCUACGUGCACGGGAGGAUGGACGGCGAAGCCAUAUUUACGGUAUCACCAGAUAAGCUCAAGACCCAGAAGACUACUUUCUGUGUCAUAUAG